UUGAAGAAAAACACGAUAGUACCCUUGCACGCACUGACACACCUGCAUUAUUUGCCUCUAUUCUCAAAGAUUGACGAAUGAGGACCCGAGCCAUUAAACCAAUUCAAACAGCAAAAAAUGUUGAGAAUGUUCUGAGUAGCACUGAUGAAGAGCAGCAACCUUUGAGUCCAAUGGCUCGAAUGUUUCAUGAACCCGACUCCAACGUGUACAUCAUUAUCAUAAUCGGCUUUCAGGCCAAAAUCAAUCCAGAAGUUAUGAGAGCAAAUGUGGAGAAUACUUUGCUUAAGCAUCCUCGUUUCUCUAGUUUGCAGGUUCCCGAUGAGAAGAAUGGGGGGCAGCUCAAAUGGGUUAGAACAGAGGUUGACUUGGACAACCAUGUCAAAUUCCCUACAAUUGACCCAAAUAUGGACUUUCCUGAUAUGUACGUAGAAGAUUACGUCUCUAAUUUGAGCAAAACUAAGAUUAAGAUGUCUAUACCUAUGUGGGAUCUUCAUCUCCUCAACAUCAAAACAUCUAAUGCUGAAUCCGUAGGCAUUCUCCGAGUCCACCACUCCAUUGGAGAUGGGACGUCUCUCAUGUCACUUUUCAUGUCUUUUACCCGCAAAGCAUCUGAUCCUGAGGCGCUUCCAACAUUUCCAAUCUCAAAGAAACAGAAACCCUGCAGUUCUAGUGGAGGGCUUCUCCAACAUUUCAUCAAGCUAUUUUCGGUGUUGCUGAUAUAUUGGAAUACUUUGGUUGAUAUCGUUAUGUUUUUAAUCACAAUUUUCUUCUUGGACGAUACAAAAACGCCUCUCAAAGGUCCAUUAGGCGUUGGAUCUACUCCACGGCGGAUUGUUCAUCGAACUGUGAGUUUGGAGGAUGUUAAGCUAGUCAAGAAUGCCAUGAAUGCUACAAUCAAUGAUGUGAUGGUGGGAGUCACACAAGCAGCUCUAUCUCGCUAUCUCAAUAGAAAAUAUGGUAAAAAUAAGAAGGAUGGUGGAGUGGCAGAAGGAAAUAGCAAUCUUCCUAAGAACAUUCGUCUACGAGCAACUUCAUUCGUGAAUUUAAGGCCACAUCUAGUAAAUGAAAGUGCAGCUGAGAAGACGGAAAGUAGCAGCAACGUGAGGUUGGGCAACCUGAUCGGCUACGUUCUCUUCCCCUUCACCAUUGCACUACGAGAGGAUGCAUUAGAUUAUGUUCGAAGUGCUAAGGCAACUGGAAAGAGGAAGAAAGCUUCUCUUGAAGCAAUAUACACAUAUUUCAUGGCAAAAACAUUUCUCAAAUUAUUUGGUACUAAGUUGGCAAGCUUCCCAACUCAAACUACAUUGUGGUUCUCGAACGUGGCUGGUCCCUCAGAAGAAAUCACUUUGUAUGGCCAUCAAGUGGCCUACAUUGCUCCAACUUGCUUUGGGCAACCUAAUGCUUUAAUGAUUCAUGUUGUGAGUUAUGCCAAUAAGAUGAACAUCAUCUUAUCAGUUGACGAAGGGAUAGUUCCUGAUCCUCAUCAACUCUGCGAUGAUCUUGAAGAAUCUCUUAAGCUGAUCAAAGACGCUGUCAUUUAUAAAGGGCUGGUUGAUUGUCGUGUUUACUAAAUAUUGCUGGGAUUAAUGAUAAUAAAUUAUGUCAAGAGAUAGUUAUUUCAAUAAACUUAGAAGUGUGUGGUUGGAAUUGUGCAAGCCUAGUCAACUAAGAAUCCCUAAGUUGUGGGAGUUAUGAUCAAGAUAUUGUUCGUGUUUAUAUAUUUCAGUUUGUUGUAUUGAUGGAUAUGCUUCCACUAAAUUCACAAAGUGGUAGUUAGUUCCUACUUGAAAUCCAAGUCUGUUUACUUA